AUGGCCGGUCCAAAGUACCAGAACGUCCCCCAGCGGGACUCCCUCGACGAGGCAGCGCCCUCGUACUCGCAGGCGCCACCAAGCUACCAGGCGCAAGCAAACGACCCCCAGGCGGCGCUGCUCUCAGGCGUCCCAAGAGGUGAAGACGACAACAUACCAGAUGACUUCAAGUUUGGGGGCGUCGUAGCGGAGGCGACCCUGGACAUCCGCAUGGCCUUCAUCAGGAAGGUUACUGUUCAACUCCUCGCCACUGCUGCCGUCAGCUACGUCUCGAUGGUCUCGGUCUCAUACAAGCACUGGAUCCAGACGAACCCGUGGAUGAUGUGGGUGUCGCUCCUCGGCGCAUUCGCAUUCCUGGGCUUGACGUUCUGGAAGCGCAAGUCAUACCCAACAAACUUGGUGUUCCUUGCUGGCUUCACUGCCAUGGAAGCAUACUCUGUCUCUGUCAUCGUGUCCUUCACAGACUCCAAGAUUGUGGUUGAAGCCGCCCUCUUCACGUUGGGCAUCUUCAUCGCACUUACCCUGUUCGCCUGCCAGUCCAAGUAUGACUUCACGAGCUGGAUGCCAUAUCUGUUUGGUGCGCUGUGGGUUGCGAUCUUGUUCGGCUUCAUGUCUGCGUUCUUCCCGUACAACAGCAAGGUUGAGCUUGGCUACGGCAUCAUCACGGCACUCAUCUUCUCGGGAUACAUAUUGGUCGACACGCAGCUGAUCAUGCGCCACUACCACGUCGAGGAAGAGAUUGCGGCUGCGAUCUCACUCUACCUUGAUGUCAUCAACCUGUUCCUCUCCAUCCUGAGGAUCUUGAACUCGCAGAACAACAACUAGAAGCGGAACGGGAAAGUUUGGAUACUGGAAUUGGCUGUAAAUUAAAAGACGUUCUUACCUUGUAGUUGUAUGAAUACGCGUUUUGCUUUUAGA